UACAACUGAUCAUUUGUUUCAUCCAUCUCUCUUUCUUUUAGCAAUCAUGGCCAAAUUUUUCAUCAAAAUCCAUCAAAAACUUGCUGAUUUCAUGCAUAUUGUAAAGCUCAAUUACAUCAAACUUAGCAAUGGCUAUUCACUUCUACUUCCUUUGGCUCUCAUUCCCUUUACUUUCUUUCACUUUGGACUUCAACUAUCAACCAACACUACCAUUCUCUUUUGUCUAUUCCUUUUGCUAUUACGAAUUUAUUUAGCGAAUCGUUCUACACCCAUCUACCUCGUGGACUUUGCUUGCUUCCAACCCGAGGACCAUCUUAAAAGGCCUAUGGAAGGCAUCUUGAAAAUGUCCAAAGAAUCGGGUGCUUUUAAUCAAGAGACAAUGCAUUUCCAAAGACGCGUCAUAGAAAGGUCUGGUUUGGGGGGCGAGACAUACGUCCCCCCAGGACCUGGCUCUGUACCCCUACAAUUGAACAUGGAAGCAGCUCGGCUUGAAGCCGAGCUGGUCAUGUUUGGUGCACUCCAGUCUUUAUUCCAAAAGACUGGAGUCACACCACAGGAUAUAGGAAUCCUCAUUGUGAACUGUAGCCUAUUCAACCCUAACCCCUCUCUAGCUUCCAUGAUUGUUAACCGAUACAAACUAAGACCCGACAUUUUGAGCUACAGCCUAAGUGGAAUGGGCUGUAGCGCGGGUCUUAUUUCAGUAGACUUGGCCCGACACCUCCUCACGACUCAUCCCAACAUGCAUGCCGUCAUUUUAAGCAUGGAAACCCUCACUCUAGAUUGGUACUUUGGCAAUGACCGCUCCAUGGCUGUAGGAAACUGUAUUUUUAGGAUGGGUGGAGCCGCCAUUCUACUUUCCAAUAAAACACAAGAUCGGGCCCGGUCCAAAUACCAGCUAGCCCACAUUGUCCGAACCCAUAAAGGAUCGGACAAUAAUUCCUACAACAGUGUCCAAAAACAAGAAGACGAGACGGGUAUUAGUGGGGUCUCACUUUCUAAGGAUCUCAUGAUUGUCGCGGGUGACGCCUUAAAAACAAAUAUAACAACUUUAGGGCCUUUAGUGUUACCAUUUUCCGAACAAUUAUUUUUUUUCAUAACACUUGUGAAGAAAAAGAUACUAAAAAUGAAAGUGAAGCCAUACAUACCAAAUUUCAAGCGUGCAUUCGAGCAUUUUUGUAUACACGCUGGUGGGCGGGGUGUGCUUGAUGAGGUUCAAAAGAAUUUGAACUUAACCGAGUACGAUAUGGAGCCAUCAAGGAUGACAUUAUACCGGUUUGGUAACACGUCUAGUAGUUCAUAUUGGUAUGAGUUGAGUUACGUGGAAGCUAAAGGCAGGGUUUUGAAGGGGGACCGGGUCUGGCAGAUUGCGUUUGGGUCGGGUUUUAAGUGUAACAGUGUUGUUUGGAAAGCGUUGAAGGCGAUUCCAUCGGGUGGCUACAUAGGUGAUGCAUGGUCCGACUGCAUUGCUCAUUACCCUCUCAAGGUCCCAAUGGAUUAAGUUAGCUAUAGGAAUUGAAGUGUUUACUUGGUAUUAAAUUAGUAGUAGAUCGAAGAAUGUUUGAUCUGUGUUCUAUUAACAAAUGUUGUUUCCUUAUGAAUGAAUGAAUUUAAUGAUUAAUUUAUGAGGUGUUACAUUUA